CCAUUUAAUAAACGGCCAUCUACGGUGCUUGUGCGUGGAUGUAGAAGGUGCAGCGGUGUUUAUGGGAUCGUGAGUGCUGCGUGACCAGCCUACCCGACAACUAUAUUGAACGCCCCAACAGUAAGACUAUAUUUAUUGCUUAUAUGAUAUGUAAUACCGGUACUCGAAGCAAUGCACGUGUAUUAUACCACUACAUAUACAGCACACAGAGUGCACUUGGCACGGGAAAGUGUAUGAUGUUAUGGUUAGUAUACUGUCAGUCGGCAUCAACACAGCACUGAAGCCAUCAUUAUGGCCUGGACGCCGCACGAAAAUUUUGCCCGCUAGCGGUGCUCCAAGUGUGUACAUAUGGAUAUAGGCCUGUCAGACUUUCUACCUUGGAUGUCUUUAUUGCUGAAUGCAGCUCGUACGUAGACUAAUCAAGCAUACCAACUCUGAUUUAUGACAUAAACUUGUGAAAAGAAACUAAGACAUCCACCCAUAGUCCUAUCGCGCAUGUGUAGGGCAUUCCUGUUGCCUUUCUCACCUUUGUGUACAGUGCAGCAUUUGUUUCAUCCCGUGCGCUAUUAAUCGGAAUGAAAGCGAUAGUGGCUUUCGCGACUCCCACUAUUAAAGGUAUCAUUUAAUCUUAUCAUUGCUCUGUGAGCCAGUGGGUAAAGGGCAAGACAGCACAAAAAUUCCCCAAAUCCUCUUCAGCAGACUGCUCGGACAGAAAAGUACCAGACUAAAAUAAAGAGUGCAAGAAAACAGCACCAACUUGGACCCAUCCGAGUUGCCCAGAAACAAUCUCUGUUCCGAAAUUAGUAGCUCUGAACUCGGAAAGCAUGUGUAGCUACAUGGGCAGUAAGAUGAGCAAGACGUCGGGGAUGUCUGAGUGUUCCCCCGAGGAGGAGAUGCCGACGCAGACACAAUCCAGCAUGUCUCUGUCUCCGGACAUGUCUACCGCCUCCUUCAUGUCCAUAUCCAGUGAGAUGGAUGAAAAAGAUGAGCCUGUCAGCAGGAGGAAGCUGGAUCUGAGGAGCUUAAGCGAAGGAGUGGCAGCUCUCGUCUUUCCCUCGAUGGCUCUUGUGCGGCAAACAUUGCACCGAAUUGUGUGCACUCAUGGUAGAACAGACGUUGAUAAAUUCAUAAAAACGUUAGGGUUACAUGACUUCCAGGUCGGGGAUGAGGAGGAACCAGAGUAUGAACCGUUCGACGAGGGUUAUGUAUGUCAAAUAACACACAAAGCAGCUUCCAUAUUAGGAUUGGAAUAUCGAAAACUCAUGGACAGUUUUGGAGAGGAGUUCUUCUGUCUGUGUUUCGAGCGGUAUGGUGCCGUCAUUGGGUCCCUUGGGGGCACAUUGGCUGAUUUUUAUGGAAACAUUGAUGGUUUCUACGAGCACAUUUUAGCUCAAGGGGUUAUCAACGAGGAACAUUUGAGGUCUCACACUCCGUCCUAUCGAUGUUCAACACAAGCAGACGGCAUGCUACUUCUUCACUUUUACACCAGAAGUCACAGCUUGGAGCUAAGCAUGAUGGGACAGAUCAGAAUGGCCUCCAUCUUGCUCUUUAAUACCUUCGUGCAGGUGGAACUGGUCAAGCAGAGGGGUCAUGGCUGUGACCACUGUGUUUAUGCUAUACAACCCCUACUAGACGACCAGAGGAACGGUACCAAGAACCUGCAGAACGGCACGGUAGACAGGGCUACCUCCCCACGACACCUAUCCUCUAAGAUCAGUGUCUCCACCUUCUGCGCUGCCUUCCCCUUCCAUGUGAUGUUCAAUCGACAGCUGACCAUUCUUCAGGUGGGGGACACGGUUAUGCGGAUGUUUUCCUCACGUGCCUCAAGCAAUGGACUCAACUUCAACUCCUAUUUCAAGGUGCUGUCGCCCGACAUCCAGCCCGUAACCUUUGACCGGGUCUUGGGGCAUAUCAACAAGUCCUUCAUCUUGCAGUCGACGGGUAUUGGGUUAUCGACAAAGUCAAAAGAUGGAACAACUGAGGGGACUACGGUGCGAGGACAGAUGAUUCACAUCCCUGAGAGUGAUACCAUUUUGUUCCUAGGAUCACCCAAGGUGGGCAACCUAGAGGAACUGACAGGGAGGGGAUUGUACCUAGCUGAUAUCCCCAUUCAUGAUGCCACCAGGGACCUGAUCCUAGUAGGCGAACAAAACAAGGCCCAGGACGGCCUCAAGAAACGAAUGGAUAAGCUGAAAGCUCGCAUCCUGCAAGCCGGAAAUCAGCUGGAGUUGGAGAAGAAGAAGAAUGUGGACUUGCUGAAUCUAAUCUUCCCUGCAGACGUGGCCGAGAAGCUCUGGGCUGGGGAAGUGCUGGCACCAAGUAACAUGGACCACGUGACCAUGCUCUUCUCUGACAUUGUUGGCUUCACAGCCAUCUGUUCGAACUGUACGCCCUUCACUGUCAUCGGCAUGUUGAAUAAACUCUACACGCAAUUCGACGACUUCUGUGGAAUCUUAGACAUCUACAAGGUUGAAACAAUUGGAGACGCAUAUUGCGUAGCCGGUGGUCUUCACCGGACGUCAAGUACGCAUGCUGAGAGAGUAUCCAAAAUGGCGCUGAAAAUGAUGGAAGCAGCAAGGACUGUAAAAUCACAUGACGGCAACCCGCUGAAGAUGAGAAUAGGGGUGCACACAGGAGCGAUAGUAGCAGGCAUCGUAGGUAAACAGAUGCCACGCUAUUGUCUCUUUGGUAACAACGUCACGCUAGCUAACAAAUUCGAGUCUCACAGCGAACCACUAAGAAUUAACAUCAGUCCAACAACGCACGAACUUCUUGAAAAGUCCGGAAGGUUCUCUUUUACUCCUCGGCCACGCGAGGCACUUCCAUCAGGCUUCCCCGAGAACAUCCCCGGUACAUGCUACUUCCUUGACGGCUACACGCCUGACCCAGACAACGAGAUAGACAACAAACUCUGGUAGAGAUAUCAACAACAAAACCCCCGUCGUGUUUGUUCUGACUGUGAAGGACAAACUGCAGUACAAACGUGUAGUUGUUGGGUAUAGUGGCAUUACAGUACUGAAUCAAUCUUGAUUGUUACCAAUUAUAUCACAUGACGAACAUACAAAUCUGACCUCGCUCUUGAUAUCUUAAGUGCAACAAACACGACCCUUUGUACAUAGAACGCAAAACUGGCACUAAAUCUGUAGAUAUACAUACAGCCAUGUACAAUAAACGGCACAGAAAUUGCGAUUACUGUUUCUGUAAAUAGCUUUUCAUAUUUCAACUCUGACGGAAACAUUCGGUGAGAACCAAUGACUGGUGAAUUAUUCAUGACAAAUGAUGAAUAAUUUAAAUUAUCUCAAGAAAGGUUUGACCGAUGCAUUAUUCAAAACGACACUGGACGGACAAUACUGAAAACAGACAGAAACCCAGACUUAGGUAUGAGGCGAGAGUUUUUAAGACAGUUCGGGAACCGUGAAACAGACCAGACAUUUUUCGCCGUUAGAUUUAUUCAUAAAUGAAAUACCAUCAUGCCAGAAAUAUGACGAAUAAAAACAGGUGCCUGGGACUCAUUAUGAACCUCCCUGAAAGUGCACUGCCAUGGGAUAAACAAGUGAUCAGGUACGACAAGCACACAAUCCAACUUUAAGAACAACUACAAUUAGUGCACUUCGCUGAAAAACACACUAUUUAAAAGGACAGGGUCUAAAAUAAAAUAAAUACUGAAAAGAGAACAGAUGGCGGUACAAAUUAAUCUAACUUGAUAAAAGUUUAUCAUCUUUGAAAAAUAUUCUCUCUCGUUACCUGCACGUCCUAAUUAGGAUGACAUAAAAAGGAAAGGCCCAAUCCUCAAUUAGGUCAGUCCGUCAUUGACAAAUAAGUCGCGGUUGUCUUGAUGAAUAGACUGAGUCACGGUCUCCCUGUCAUUUCGUUUAGGCCAUUUUGAUACGGUCUGAUUCACGAUCUUGAUUUCAUGUUAACGUCAAGUUUCUGUAACGACUCGAAGUGACGCCCGAGUGAUUUGUCUUAAUAAAAUAUACCUCCCCUCACUGAGUUUUAUCUUGAAGAAAAAUAUCAUAGGGCACAAGGCACAGCUGGUUGUCAUCAUUUCCAAAAGAACUGACAGUAUUUGACUACAGUCUUUUUCAAAAACCCCAAUAUGAGUAUAUGCACACAUGAGUUUUUUAAGGCAAUGUAGAUGUAGGCGACCGUUUACAUCAGAGUUAGAAGAAAAUGUAGAGAAAUGUAUACAAUGAUGAGAUACCUGCAUCAUGACGAAGAGACAGAAAUUGAUCGACUUAAGAGAAGGGCUCGCACUGACAUACUACAAAGAGGUGAAUUUCAGAUGGACAAAAAAUACCGAGGCUGACGGACACACAGGCGAGACGUAUUAAAGACAAAUGUCAAGGAACACCUGAUCAGGCGCAGGGUUAUGAACGGACACCUACAACCAAGACAGUAUUUAUCGUUAGUGUCAAUGGGUCUACUGAAACACAACAGGACUUUGCUUGAUUGAAACGAGACUUUGGCAAAUGGAGGCAACCUACGCUGACCAAACCUUGACAACUACUUAUUAUGACGGACUUUUUUUGGAAGGAGUUAAGGACAGAUAUAUUUGAUCAAGCGAGCACGUAAGACACAACAAAAACGGUAGACGUUUGUGUUUAAAUUAACAUAAACUUUGCCCUGAUAGAUGUUCGUGACCCCAAAUGGGCGUGAUAUUCAUGGUGUAUCCGUAGGGAUGGUCUAGCGGGAUAAUGACAGCAAAUGGCCGUUUGGUAAGAGUAAUUUUCUCUCUUGAAAUAGACUCUAGAAUCUUUCGGAGAACAAUACAUUCAUAAUCAAUUAAUAUCCAUCUGCUGCCUGGCUAAAAGAGCAGAGUUACACCAUUUGUUUCAUUGUAACGUAUGUAAAAAACACUGCCCGCAUGCCGUUGCUCUAAUAAAUACAGAAUAAUAGUGACCCCAAAAUGGUAGAAAUGGUCUCACUAUUCUUUGGUAAAGAAACUACCUAGGCUACGAACAAUUUUAACGAGCAGGGAAACACAUGCGGAACACAGCAGGCGGCUCACAUUAUCCAACGAAACGACUGCAAAAGAAUUGUAUACGAGAUCUCUUCGGUUUGGCGUGGAGCGGGUCUGUUUACGAGAACUGGUAUUAUUACUCUGCGUGUAAAAAGUUAAAAGGAAACGGUGCACAGUAGGCAUAGAUGCGUUAUGUUUGUUAGAGUACUUUAGAAGAAAAUCGUGAAGAAUUGUACGGAGCAUGUUGAAUGGUUUCUGCUGCUUGUACGGUUGAAAAAUUUAAUAUUUUGAGGGACCAAAACAGCAGGGUAUUUGACCGGAGUGACCUAGAAGAUUUCGCGUAUGAGUUAGAUUUCAAAUUUAGGUUUUUACGUACUGAGCAACCCUCGCUACCUCCUUAUCUAUCCAGUGAAUUUCAACUGCGGUUUUAUCACAAAGGAAAAAGGCUGAUCUGAAUUUCUCACAGCUUACAAUUUUUUGUUGCUAGUGUGUCGGGAAUUUUUAUAGAGUUACCAGCAUAUAUACGACAAUACUCCGUUAAGCGACGGCCUUGGUGCCAAACUUUUACAUCAUACACAAAACAUUCACAUCAACACAAAGAUCAAGUUUCAAAACUGUACAGUAAUGUGAUAAGCUAAAAAGGAAUGUGCAAUUCUAUGUUCCAGGGUGGCAAUUAUACAGUUUUACUGAACAGAAGACCUCUCCCAAGCAAAAAGAGCCGAUCGACACUAAGCAUUCAAUUUCAUAUAUAUAGUUCUAAACCAAUUUUUCAAUUGAAAACACACGUGCUUAUAAAAAUUGCACAGCUCAGCACUCAGUGAGUCAAUGACUUGCUUUCAAAUAAAAAAAAAGGUAUGUUGGUUUGAUGUCGGGUUAAAAAUAAGCAUCAUUAAAAAAAAUCACUACACCACAACCACAAAUAUAAACAUCCCCCUCCCAAAAAAUAGUUUUCUGCAAACUACCCAGUAACUACUGAUAACUUUAAAGGACUACUUUUAAAAUUAUUGUAAGGCCAAUUAAAAAUUACCUGAGCCUCUUCUCCUGUUGCCGGCUUUUCGGAGGUCAGUUUUGUUAUAUCAUGUGGAAAAGUAAAGAAAUGAAGAGUAAAGACGAUAGAAAAUAUGGCAUAGAUGUAUAAGGAUAAGUACAAGCGAAGGCAGCUUAUUGACAAAUCUUACUUUCAGUGGUUUCAACCGUACUUCAUAUUGCCAGAGAAUGUUAUUUAAUUGCAUUCAUUAUGCUGGAAUGUCUGUUGACUAUUACUCAGUGACACAUACAAUUUAAAGUGUUAGAUUGUAGACCUAAGCUACAAAGAUGUAUAUUGUAUAUAGUUCCUAUAUAUUUGUUAACUGCGGAAUAUUUGGUGAAACGUACGACAGAUACUUUGAAGAGAGGUGGACUUAAAGAGGUAGAUAUAGCUCGUGUGUUGUACAGAGUGGGAAUCUCCGUCAAACGCGGCCGCUGAGAGUAUGUUUUCCUGUGUAUAUUACAUCUUCGCCUAUGCAAGACAGUAAUAAUGUUUGACGUGAUUUUAAUGGAGUGAUCUUACACUUAGAGCCAGACCAGCGUUGUGGAACUUGUGGGCUCCACCCAUAUUGAGCAGUUCUAUUAUUCCCCCCUUUCGGCUCAUUUCAGACAAAGCUUAGAACAAAAGCUUUGAUUCAUGAAUGACAAAUUUUGGUUAUUUCACGUUCACAAUGUAAACUAAAAUGUACAGAUUUCUACUAGACUGUUACAGAAGUCAUUCUAAUAUUUGCUGGAUGGGAUGAACACAUAUUUGACAAGGCGACCCACCUUUAAAAGACAUAACAAUGACACAGAACUAGGUUAAUUUAGUAACUUUAUACCAAAUGUACAUCUUCGUCUUCCCCGUUUACAAAUUUGUGAGUUUACAGUUAUUUGAAUAGGUGGUCCGUAGAGCGAUUUCAAAAAUUUGUUGCAAAUCAGUAGUAGCGGCUUUCUGAUGUUUUGAAGUUAGGUACUUUAUGAAUAUCAGACGAGAAGUUUGCAAAACCACCUUCAAAAUUUUGAUUUAGAUCGGCGUUCCAGACAACACGGGUAAACAGGAUAAUUAUGUGCGUGACAAUUAAAAUUAUCUAGCCCCUUCAAAGCUAAGAUAUGCUUUUUUGAAAACAUUCCUAGUCAAUGUGAAUUCUCUCUAUGACUGGAUUAGAAAACCUUACAUCCAACCUGAAUUUACUUUCACCGAAAUUACAAAGGAUAAGUGACUCUGCCGCUAAUAUUACGUUGAUCCACACUGUGGCAAACUACUGUCUGUGACCCUAUAAGUCUUCACUCACUCUGAGUAAAGAUCCCUAUACUAAAGACACAGUACGGUAAGUCCUGAGAUCGACGUUAAAAUUCCAUGAUGCAUGGCGAUAAGAUGACUCUAUUGCUGGAAUAAUGUCUAUUCUAAUUUUGGCUCUGGCUGAAGGUGCCUGUGCCAAUUUGAUGGUGAUAACUCUGGCUUCUAAUUCGAUGCAUCGAUGAACGGAUGAAGUACAUGUAUAUGAAAGGUAUCCAGCCGAUGUAACGUCGGUGAUCGGAGAAGUGUCGACCAUAAUGAAUUGUAAAGCAACUAGACUACAGACAUUAAUCUACCUGUACGUACAUUUCUACAUCGUUGCAUAUGUUUGGUAGCUGUCAGAAAGCUUAAGUCUUUAAAAAUCGAAUAUCGUACUAUUCCAUAACCAAAAUAGCGACUACCACUUCGGGUUGAUAUGCCGUUGAAUAGUAACUUCCUAUAUCUGAUAAAAAUGUUUCCUGCCACUCUAGGUUUCUGUCUGGACUCGUAUGUAGUAAUACUCCCCUUUCUUGACUUCACAACCAUUAUUAUGAACUCAAAGACCGUCUCAACUAAAUAUCUGCCUCAUUUUUGUAAAUAUGCAUCAAAAUUUAUUGAAUUGGGUAGAUGGCCAAAGUGAGAUUUCAAUAUUACUGGGAUCGGUACAUUGUGAUAUAGAUUAGUGAUUCCUGAAAGUGCGAGUCGCUCUGAGAUAUCCAUGUGUAGUCCUUACACAUUUUGAGGGGUUUGAAUUAAAAGUGACUCCCUCAUAGGAAUGAUACUGGAACUUGAAUUGUAAUAAACUUGAAACAAAUGCAAA